AACCAAAUCAACCAUUUUUCAAUCCAUUAAUAAACCCUCACAUCACAAUCACAUGGCUUCGUCUUGAUUUCAUUUUCCGCACACACAUUGUAUACCAACAAUCAUGCUUUGAUUCUUGUGUUUUCUUAUUUCCAACACCCAACACCACAUGCAGAUGCAGUUCUCUCUCUGCAUUUUCUAUUCGCGCACAACUUUGGCUUUUUUUGCUCUUCCAAGAGACUCUUCCAGAUCUACAGUGAACCAAUUUUAUUCUUCUAUCAGACCGUCAGAUUUUAUUCAUAAAGGUUAUAGUUGUAAUUGAUGCUAUAUUGCAGAAUCUCACAAUCAACACAGACUUCACUCUGAUCCAUCUCAAACCGACGAUAACGUUUCAGACAUAAGCUCAUAUUGCAUUAGUGGCCUAACUUAGGCACUGAUGCCUUUGCCUAUCUUGGUUUGGAAAUUUUGUAAUCUUAAAUGGUAGAAGAAACUAUGGGUUGCGCUAUUGAGACCGGCGAGUCAGAAGAGAUGGACAUAGUCCUCUCUUCGAUGUGGCCGGAGGACAUGAAUGAAGCCGGGAGGCAGUUCAAUGUGGAGAGGCCAGGAGUGGAUAAAGACAUGCUGGAGGAGGUGACCAUCAAGAGGGAGCCUGACAUAGUUGAUUUCAAGCAUCUCAUGGAACUCGCUAGCUACACUGAAAAGGGGAACUGGCAGCUGGCUAAUUUGGUGAGGAAUUGGGAAUACAAGCAGGAGAACGCUGUGCGCCUCCUGAGGGAAGAGCUUGACACCCUCAGCAGGCAGCAGCGACAAGCUGAGCUCAAGAAGUUGGAGAUAUUGGAGGAACAUCGGUUUGAAAGAGAUGGGUAUGGUGGAAACAAGCGUCCCAUCUCCAUUCUUGAUGAGAAUCUCAAGUACUUGUAUCAAGAUGCUCCGAGGAGGAAGCGUGACACUGUCUUCCAAGAUGAGAAAAUAAGUGUAGAUGCUGAAUAUGACAGUGUGGUUUACUGGAAGCAACAUGCUAUGAAUCUAGAGAAACUCCUAGAGGCUAGCAUUAGACGAGAGCAAGUGUUGAUGGGGAAAUUGCAGGAGAGUAUUGAGAAACUGGAAAAGCAGUCGACCCCCGUUGAGGAACUGUCACAGGUUUUGAAUAGAGCAGAUAAUUUCUUGCAUUUCGUCUUGCAGAAUGCUCCAGUUGUCAUAGGCCAUCAGGAUAAAGAUCUGCGCUACCGGUUCAUCUUUAACCAUUUUCCGAGUUUGAACGAGGAGGAUAUCAUAGGCAAAACAGAUGUUGAGAUCUUCACCGGCUCUGGUGUAAAGGAAUCCCAAGACUUUAAACAAGAAGUGCUGGAAAGAGGAUUACCUGCAAAGAGAGAAAUAACAUUUGAAACUGAGCUGUUUGGAUCAAAAACCUUCUUAAUCUACGUAGAACCGGUUUUCAGCAAGGCUGGAGAGACAAUUGGUGUAAAUUAUAUGGGAAUGGAAGUGACUGAUCAGGUGCGAAAAAGAGAAAAGAUGGCAAAGAUUAGAGAAGAGAUGGCUGUACAAAAAGCUAAGGAGACGGAGCUCAACAAAACAAUUCAUAUCACAGAGGAAUCAAUGCGAGCGAAAGAAAUGUUGGCUACCAUGUCUCAUGAGAUAAGAUCUCCUCUAUCCGGAGUCGUAAGCAUGGCUGAGAUUCUUUCCAAUACUAAGCUCGACAAAGAGCAGAGACAGCAGGUGAACGUGAUGAUGUCUUCUGGUGAUUUAGUUCUUCGAAUAAUCAAUGACAUCCUUGAUCUUUCUAAGGUUGAGUCAGGAGCUAUGAAACUGGAAGCUGCAAAAUUUAGACCAAGAGAGGUAGUUAAACAUGUGUUGCAGACAGCAGCUGCAUCACUACAGAAAUUACUAACCUUAGAAGGAAAUGUAGCAGAUGAUGUUCCUGUGGAGGUGAUCGGAGAUGUUCUAAGGAUUCGCCAGAUUCUAACAAACUUGGUCAGCAAUGCCAUCAAAUUCACUCGCGAGGGCAAGGUUGGGAUAAAGCUUUAUGUAGUGCCAGAGCCGCACAUUUUAAGCAAUCAAAAGUCUUGGAAAGCUCCUGCAGAUCAGUCCUCUAAUUCAUCAAACACAAGAAAAGACUCAUCCGUGAGUCGAAGCCAGAGGGGCAGUCAUGGAUGUCAUGAGGAAGAAGGUAUUGGUGUAAAAAAUGAAUUAAAAAACAUGCUCAAUGAUCAAGAGAGAGAUGGGACACCAACGGAAGAAGAAAAAGCUAGCCAUUCUAAUCCUCAAGAAUCAGUAGUGUGGAUUCGGUGUGAUGUUUAUGACACGGGGAUCGGAAUACCAGAACAUGCGAUUCCCACUCUGUUCAAGAAAUACACGCAAGCAGGAGCGGAUACUGCUAGAAAGUACGGUGGGACAGGAUUAGGACUUGCAAUCUGUAAACAAUUGGUUGAGCUCAUGGGUGGUCAACUAACUGUAUCAAGUGUAGAAGACAAAGGGUCUACUUUCAUGUUUAUACUACCCUGUAAAGUUUCAGCAGUCUCUGAUAGUUCAGACGAGCUCUCGGAUAUGGAUAACCAAGAGGUCUCAGAUGAUGAAGAUUUACAUGCAGGAAGUUUUCUGUUUGAACCGCGCACUUUGGGUUCUUUACUUUCGUCUCAAAGUUCCGGAAGGAUCCAAAAGCUCUCGCCAAUCACCUAUGGCGUUGAUCCCACUCAGAAUUACGAUGGUUUGUUGGAGGAUUCUUCGUCACCCUCUAGUAGCAUUACAUGUCAGGAGAUGAGUUCAGAGGAAGAUGCAUAUUUAGCUGCCAUGGACACAUCUUUGGAAGUUAAUGUUUCACCGAACCGGAGCUUAAAUUCGGAUAACUUAGAUUCAGCUGAAAUGAAUGAACAGACACACUGCUGUAGUGAAAUAUCCCAGCCAAGCAUUACCCAAGAAAGAUGUCAAGCUGAGGGAAGUUCCGAGUGUUCUUCCAGAAAGAACAAUGAAGGUCAAAAGGCUGAGGUCAAACCGAAGAUUCUUCUCGUGGAAGAUAACAAGAUCAACGUGAUUGUUGCCAAGUCAAUGAUGAAGCAGUUGGGACACAACAUAGAUAUUGUCAAUAACGGAGCAGAAGCUGUGCGUGCAGUUCAGUGCAAAGACUACGAUCUCAUUCUAAUGGAUGUAUGCAUGCCAGUAAUGGAUGGACUUCAAGCCACAAGAUUGAUACGAUCUUUUGAGGAAACAGGUAGUUGGGACGAUGCAGUGAAAGCAGGAGUCGAGCUGCAGUUACCACCCCAACAUUCUUCCCCAAAAUUUCAACAGGAAAUACCAAGAAAGAGGACACCAAUCAUUGCAAUGACAGCAAACGCAUUAUCAGAGAGUGCUGAUGAUUGUUUUGCUAAUGGUAUGGAUUCAUUUGUAUCAAAGCCGGUUAAUUUCCAGAACUUGAAGCAGUGUUUGCAGCAAUAUAUACCAGAGUAGUAAUAGUAGUACUAGUCGUAGUAGCAGCUGUAAAUGGUAAGCAUCAUGUAUAGAAAAGAAAUGAGUUAGGGAAGUUUUGACAUCAAUGUAUAGC